AUGGCUUUAUCUGGCUCCGUUGAAGAUUUGGCAAUCAUCAAAGCAUGGUACACGGAAAGUCGAGUUGUAGAUCACUGCCCCGUAAGGCUAGAUACCGAAACCUUUUGGAAGAAGAUAUAUGACAAAUAUAGGCAAGAUUAUGAUCCAUAUACUUGUGUGCAACCAUCACCGACUGUCGAUGCCAAUCAUGGUGUUUCAGGUCAAGUUGGGAAACUUAUAACUGAAACAAAGGUCAGCUGCGACGCUGACAAAUACUAUAAAAUUUAUAAGUAUGCAGAAGAUGCACAAAAGGCUGUUCCUCAGCAUUACGCCAGUACCAAAGUUAUCGAUGGAGAUGCAAACUCUUCUGGUUGUAUCAAGGAAUGGAACAUCAUUCACGGGUAUAAGACGAUUCACACUGUAUCGGAAACAACACACAAUGAUGAAACAAGAACGUUACAUCACCGUGUAUUUGAAGGAGACUUGAUGAAGGAUUACAAGAAGUUUGAUUUGAUAAUUGAAGUCAAUCCAAAGCCUAUUGGAAAAGGAUGCGUUGUCACAUGGACUAUUGAGUAUGAGAAGAUGAACGAGGAUUCUCCAGCUCCCUUUGCUUAUCUAACUUUCUGCAAUCAGGUCAUUGUAGACAUGAACAAACACCUAUGCGAUUCUGAAUAA